ACAAAUCGUUCUGGGAAGGGUCACGAGACUACUUACUCGUUCUGGGAAGGGCUGGGAUGAAAUCGAAGAGAGAGCAAGGAAUGUAGAGGGCGGCGAACUCUUUGUGAAAACGAAAAGCCGAGCUUUUUUUAUCUGCAAAAACAAGGGUAUGUGUACUAAAGGACAUCAUAGAAGAAAAAAAUUGGGGGGGGAGAUCAACAUAAUUGUGAUUCGUUUUUUGAGAAGUCAACUUGCUUCUUAUUCUUUUUCAUUGUGUGGAUAUAAAUAUACCAAGAUUUAUGGGUCUUUUUUCGGGUGAUGAUGUGCGAUUCUUAUCGUUUUUAUUUCUUAUCACAAUGCAUUAGUAUCAAG